UUAUUGGGUUCUUUGUACGCUUUGAAGAUGAUAGUGUCGAUUCAGCAAAAGUGGUCAAACAGUGGAAUGUCAAAAUCAUAUCUAUAAGCAAGAAUAAAAGGCAUCAAGACAGACCGGCUGCUCUGGAGGUGUGGGAUCGGCUGGAUGAAUUUGUGCGGGCCGUACGUGUCUCUCUGGCUUAAUGACGCGGUGCUGCUGCUGCUACAAGGCGCUACCAAAAUUUUAAAUUAAGAAUUUGUUGGUGGUGAUUCAUUUUAAUUUUAUUGGCACGUUGCAUCUUUCAACAAGCUAAUGUUUGGUAUGACAAAACUACAGGGAACGGCACAUCCUCAUAUUACAAAGAUAGAAUCUAUAAGGUUUUACUCUUUUGUCCAUUCUGAUUAUGUUUUCUUGAAGCAAGACUUAAUUACUCCAUGGUCCAUACAGUGAUAGUUCAUACACAGCCUAACAGUAUUUCCUUGACAUUUUGUUUUCUUUCAUUUUCAACUCCCAGUUGUUUAUACAGAAUUAUAGAUAUAAUAGUAGAAGUCGUCAGUGACAACUUCCUGCUGCACCUGCUUCUUACCACGGGCACAUGCAUGCAAAGGUUCUGUCAAAAGCCAUCUACGCAUGUGUUUUUCCACUCCAUAUCACCGAAAAGCAACGGUAUCUUUCUGGUGCCACCACCAACAGGUAUUGUUAGUUCUGUUGCCUCCAAUCUUAGUAGUAGUCGUCUCUCUGCAUCUCAGUCAAAUUGUACACUUUCAACUUUCUCAAGCAUUCGGCCAAAGUGGAGAUGAAUAUAUCAACUAGCAUAAUUGCUUGCUUUCAUACAGCAAGGUAUGAACAUAGCUAUGCAUGUUGCUGGUCUCCUUGGAAAUUUCUUAUUUAUCUUUCCUAAGGUGUUGAUUAGAUUUAUUUUUUUGUCUGAAAAAUCAUAAAGGAAAGAAACAAAUAAAUCUCUACAAGUUGUUGUCGCUCAUACUUGUGAACUAUUUUUAGCAGUAGUAUAAAAAUAUCAUUUGUUAUCACUAAUGGGAUAAGUAGAAUUUGGUUAUCUAAUAGGAGUUAUAUUUAUUUUUAUUUAUCUUUCCUAAGGUGUUGAUUUGAUUAAAAAUCUGAUUCAUCAUAAAGGAAAGACUCUGGGUUGUUAUCGCUCAUUUUGUGAACUAUUUUAGCGGUAGUCUAAAAAUACCAUCUGUGGUCACUAAUGAGAUCAAGGGAAUUUGGUUAUCUAAUAGUUGUAUUUAUUUUAUUCCAAACUCGCACGCUAGAAUUAGUAGCUUCAUUUGUUUCCGUUUGUGCACCUGCCAGCAAUAAUAUUUUUUAAGCAAUAUUAAAGAGCUGGUCCAUUGCUGAAAACUAAUUUCAUUUUCUCACCGUGUAUGCAAUUUUGCACUAUUUAUUUAAUGAAAACUUCAAUCCUGUCUUGCAUCAAUCUUCAUCUUGCAAAAUUAAAUCACCUCUCCAAUAUCUGCCUCUAACAAAUACUCAUGUUUAUCAAAUCAUCUUUAGUAUUCAUGUAUAUGAGAACCAUCUUCAGUGCUAUAUGGCAAUAUGACUAAUCUUCAAAGUACAUAUACUGCAAAUCCCGUCUUUUUUAGUGCGUGUACUUAACUGCAAUGCCAAUUUGUUGUGAACAUCCCAAAAUAGACAGUGUUACAUUAGUAAAGAAAAACAACUUUCUUAUGGUUACUGAAACCAAUCCGUUUAAUAUUUAGAAGCUCACGCAACAUGUCCCGCAGCAACGCGCGGGGUAUCCAUCUAGUAUAUACAUGGAUGUGCGUACAUGGCCAGGACUUAUGUACGUGUCCGACCUGCCCUCUUUUACUUUUUCUUAGCAUGAGGUCUGGACAACUGCUUAUGUGUGUACGUGAUCAUGACUCUUUUUGACGGGCUAUUUCUAAUUCUUUCUAUUUUUUUAAGGGAAUAUUUCUAAUUCUUUAUAUGUCCCAUUUUGUAGAUUUGCUUCAGAUCACGGAAGCUUGGGUUGAUGGAGUGCUUGUCUUUAGUUUUUGUUUUGACUUUGUGAAACUUGCUACCUAUGAUGAAACUGUGUAAUAUUGAUGAAACUAUGUAUAUGUAUGGAUGAAAUUUGCUACUAUUGGUAAACUAUUGGUAACAUGUGUUGUAUAUGUGUUCGAUA